CAUUUAUUUCUUUCGUGUGUCCGCCACAGUGGAAGUGACAGCGUAUAACAAGAGCUGCGAGCUUAUAAUUUUUACUUGUGGAAUUUAUACAAAUAAAAUUUUAUGCAAAGGUUCUACACUUGUAUAAUGUGAUCAGUGAUAAUAACAGAAUGGUGUAGUCGGUGAAACGUUGACGGGGAGAAGCCUUUCAACGAAAAAAAAAUGGCUGGUGUAUUCCCAUCUGUUGUCAACACAAAAUACCGUGAAUUAUGCAAGUUGCAGUGUAAUGUGGACGUGUAUUAGCAAAUUAAGACUAUGACGGUUCUAAUAUAAUGCAGUGGCUGCACAAAAUAUUGGCGCUGGCAAUAGUUUGCUCCGCGACGGGCUCCCCGGCGUGCCCGGGCGCGCCGCUCCCCGGCUGCGGCUGCAGCGCGGCGCGCCUUCGCUGCCGCCACGCGUCCCCGCCGCACGAGCGGCUCACUAGCGCGCUGCUCGCGCCACACGGCAAGGACUUGCAGGAGGUCACCUGGACCGACUCCGGCAUCAAAUCCAUAGAGAUAGACCUCUUCAGCGGACUCCACGAACUAGAAAGCAUCGAUCUUAGCAGAAACGAAAUCCAGAGGACUGAACAUGGACUAUUCGCUAGACUGACCCGUCUCAAGUACUUGAACAUAUCUCGGAACGUGCUCGACGACCUGCCGAGGUUCACCUUUGCCGACCUGGAGAACCUCGAGGUCCUCGACGUGUCGCACAACCAGCUGCGAGUCAUCCCCUUCCAGAUCUUCCGGCCGAUGAUUCGGCUGCAAUAUUUGGAUCUAUCAUUCAAUAACAUAGCCACUUUUCCAGAUUACUAUUUUAAUCCUAAUAGACAUUUGAAAGUACUGUUCCUAAAUAAUAAUAGCCUAGUCAAAAUUACAUCUAACGCUCUAGUCAACUUAACGGAAUUGGAAACGCUGGAUCUAUCUAGAAAUAAAUUAGACUACAUACCUAAAUCUAUAUUUGAUAACUUUGAACAGCUGAGAGAGCUGAAUCUAGGCUAUAAUCAAUUUCUGAACAUAUCAAGUGAUGCGUUUAAGUAUUUAAAAAACUUGAAGACGCUGAACAUGGGCGGCACCAAGCUCAAAGUGCUCCCGGGAAUGCUCUUCCAGCAUAAUGAGAAUCUAAUAAAUUUGCACCUGGAUCACACAGACAUUACAACCAUACAAAAUACGAAUUUUAAAGGCUUAAAUAAUUUAGAAAGACUGUACAUAACGAAUAAUACUUACUUGAGAGAUUUAGAACCCUACGUCUUUGCAGAUACGCCUGCACUGACGCACCUGGAUCUUACUGCUAACGCCCUGACGGUUCUUCCAUUAUCUUUAAAAAUGUUGGACAAUUUAAAAGAAUUAAGGAUAGGAAACAAUCCGUGGAAUUGCGACUGCCGAAUGACCUGGUUCGCUGGUUGGGCAGACAGGAGGAAAGAAGUCAUAAAAUCCGAUCUGAGUUGCGGUUUGGCAUACCCUAAUGACAUGUUGACAAUAUUGAAUCAUACAAAGUUGCACUGCAAGGCGCCUAACUUGGUUUAUAGCAGUCCGUUGACACUGAACCGAUUGCAAACAGAUACUCUGCUGGAAUGCAGAUUUGACGGCAACCCCUUACCUUCAAUAACUUGGAUCACGCCAACGAGGAUAGUUUACCAUUGGAACCCCGACCCGCUGAUCCCAGACAUAUUCUACAAACACGGAGUCGCACACGAUCAAUUCUACCGCACUAUAGACAAUUCCAAAUCCAGAGUUAGAGUAUUAGAGAAUGGAUCCUUAUUCAUAGGAGAUAUCCACAGAGAAGAUAGUGGUGUUUACUUAUGCUUCGCAACGAAUCCUGCGGCCAAUGUAUCCGCAGAAGUAGUACUGAACAUAGACCCUAUGACGAUGUACGAAAUUAAAAUAUAUAGUUUGUUGUGGGGAGCUAUAUGUGCAGCCGGUUUCUUGGGACUUACGCUGUUGGUACAGGCGCUAAGAUACAUAUUUAACAGGUUCCGGCUUAUGGAGACUUGUUGCAGCUGUUGUACGUGCGUGAACCGCGACGCACCACGUUCAAGACAAAUAUUCAGUAUGUUGGACAACAUCGAGCAAUACAAGAGAGCACAGCUGGAAAAACUACGCGAAAAUUACGCCAUACAGGUGCAUCGUAUUAAGGAGAAUUGCACUCAACAAAUGGAAUGGAUACAAAACAGUUACUCGACACAAGCCAGCCAUCUCCGCAACAUACGGGAUAUUGGAUCCAACCAUCUCAGUGCCAUGCGAGACCAAUAUUAUGACCAGGUGAAACGCGUUCGAGAAUACUCGACGACGCAGCUCAACUGGGUGCGGGAGAACUACGUGUUCCAACGCAACAAGAUCCGCAAGUUCAGCGCGCACCAGAUCCUGCGACUCCGAGAGUCGUACAAGUUCCAGCAGCAGACGCUGAACAAAGUGCUCGAAAAUCUACCCAGCUUAUACUUCGAGAACUGUCGCAGCGGCUCGUGCGGUCGUAGCGACUCGAUGGCCUUCGACCCCGACGUCGAGAUCAUCGACAUGUAUCUGCGGACCAAGAUCGAGAUGCUGUCGAACCUGCCCAACCCGAUCGCCGACGACGAGAGCAAGAUGUCCGUGUACUACACGCCGACGGAGAGGUCGAUGAACUCGCGGCGCAACUCGCCCGUGCCGCUGCCCGAGGGCAUCCACAUCAACAUGAUCGAGCGCGGGCCGCCGCCGCUGCCGCCGCCGCCGCCCAAGCUGUUCGCCAUGAUCCGACCGCUGCAGGCGUCGCCGGCGCCGCCACCGCCUGCGUCGCCUGCCACGCCCGGCCCAUCGGCGGGGGUGCCCGUACGCACCAAGCCGUACCGCGCCAGCGAUGCGGAAGCGGGCAAGCCGGCCAGCGAGCCGCUGCUGGGCCGCGAGCGUGACCGGCGCCGGCGCCACCUGACGGCCAGCGCGUCGUCGCCCGAGCUGCACGCCGCGGACGCGGCCGCCGAGCGACACCGCAGCGCCCGCGUGCUGCUGGCGGUGGAGGUGGGCGACAAGCGCACGGCGGCGGGCGCGGGCUCGUGCGAGUGCGCGACGCUGUGCAGCCACGCGCGCUUGUAGUACAGGCUGGUGUCGCGCGUGUUCAAGCUCUACGCCGUGUCGGGGCGGCGGCUGGCGCGCGCGCGACCCGCCAUCGCGCUGGAGCUGGUGCCGCAUGCGGUGUGACGUCACGAGCGCGACCGGUGCAGUGACGUCACGCGCGACGGAGGCCGCCGGACGCCCGGGCGCCGUCGCCGCCCUUACUUCUAAGUGAGCUGUGAUAGACUAGAUUUGAAAUUUACGUUUAGCGACGACUUUGGUUUCGUUCUGUCUCUAGUGGUAGGUUUUAAGCGGUAUACCGAAACGAUCCGUUCGUUCGAUCAUCGUAGUGAAUUAAAUAAUCGGUUGUAAGAGUUCUGUGGGUAUUAGCACUUGUAAAUACGUCUCUUUGUUUCGAUCGUUUUCCAUUUUGAUGUAUUUUUAGGGUAAACUCUUAGAGGAUUACGCAUUUUUGUAUUUGUUCGACUUAAAGUGAGGUAUAAGAGAGUUGUUACUGUGUUUGUUGUAAUUGUUGCGCGGGUAUGGUGGCUGGUGUAUCGCGGCGCGCCGGCCCCGCCGGCGCGGACUGUGCUCGAAUAGAUCUCACCCCACUACUACGUGUAUCCAUUAGCUAAUUCUACAAUAUUCGUCAUUAACCAAAUUUUAAAUAAUAGUAGAUCUUAAACUUCAUCUAAAGUAAUUAUAUAUUUUGUGACACGUUCGUACAGAUCGAGUGAAAUAAGUCUUGCAGUGAUAUGCCAAAUACUACAAUCCAGCAAUGAUUAUUAUAACGUUUCGUAAUAUAAAAUAUACAAAUAUUGUUGAUCAUUUUCUAAAUAUAUAACAGAGUAAACGGCUAAUCAUGGAGAAUAAAUUAUUUUUCAAUGUA